AGGUAUACGAUGAACACAGUUCUGAGUUUGGUUCUUGUUGCUGCCUUGUACACCCAAAGUGUAUACUGCAGCUACUACCACGGUCCCACCGCCAAACCUGUCGUCCUCCACAACGGCUACCUGGCAGACACCCAUGAGGUAGCAGCAGCCAAGAACGCUCAUCUCGCCGCUAUAGCCAAGGAAUCUCACUACGGAGGAGACUACGGAUACGGUAACAACCAGGAAAACAGUGGCUCUUAUGACGGUCAUCAUGGAGACAUCAGAUACCACGGACCCAUCGCCAAGCCUGUCGUCCUCCACAACGGAUACCUGGCAGACACCUAUGAGGUAGCAGCAGCCAAGAACGCUCAUCUCGCCGCUCUAGCCAAGGAAUCUCACUACGGAGGAGGCUACGGAUACGGUAACAACCAGGAAUACAGUGGCUCUUAUGACGGCCAUCAUGGAGACAUCAGGUACCAUGGUCCCACCGCCAUCCCACACGUCCUGCAUGACGGACACAUCGCAGACACUCACGAGGUCGCUGCCGCCAGGGAACAUCAUCUGCAGGCUAUUAAUGGAGUCGUUGAAUCGAAGUCUUACAAAAACUACUGAUUGCUUCAAUGUUUCCUGGAAUAGUGUAAUGUGACUGUGAUAAAUAAUAUUCUGUAGAAA